AUGCAUAUAUUCCCUUCUAAUAAGUUGUGUCGCUUGAAACCAGUUCUGUGCCCUUUUCACAACAAAAACCCCGACACCAUUAACAACCCUGCAAAGUCCAACACUCAUCCUUUUGGCUCCAUUUUAAUAGCCCCAGAUCAAGCUUCUCCUAAGAAAGGCAAGAUAAGUAGGGGAUACGAGGAAAGGAGAGGUUUUGGCCAAGUGGGUAGCCAACAGAUGCUGGUUCUUUGUGGGUUUGGGUAUUGGAUGCAGGGGUUUAGGUGCUUUCCUUGGCUUGCUCUCAACUUCCAUAUGGCUCACAAUCUCAACUUGCAUCCAUCAACAUUGCAGCUUUUGCUAAACUCUGGUAACCUUCCCAUGGUGGCCAAGCCUCUUUAUGGAAUCCUCUCUGAUGCUCUUUACAUUGGAGGUGCUCAUAGGAUACCUUAUAUCCUAGUGGGAGGUUAG